UAACAUAUAGAUAGAUGAGUUCUGGAUGACAAGACUCUGGCAAAGGAGAGUUGUCCGUAUCGAGAACAUCAAAUACAAUGAGAUAUGAGCCUUGUAUUUUAUUUGGCAAUGAAUAUCAAAGUAAGGUAUUGCCAACUCAAAAGAGAAGAAGUUUAAGAAGUACCUGCGAAGAGCAUACAUGCUAAUAAGUUCUGAUUCAUACCUAACGAGGUUGUUGGGAUUAUUCGACCCAAUAUCCAUCUGUGGCUUACAAAAUAAUGGCCAAGUAGCUAUUGAACGUAUCUUUACAGAUUUCAGUUUUGAUAUCUGAAGGACAUUAUCAUAUGUUUGCUCGAGAAUUAGGCCUUUUGUAGACUCAUCAUCCUCCUUCAUUUACCGAGUUCUGUUAAGCUCAAGGCCAUGAGUACUAUGAUCGAUUAUCUUCGGAGAAAGCUGUGAAAAGGAGGUACGCUUCCUAGCCAUGGCCCUAGAAUAACUAUUUUGUAAAUGUAAUCGAUGUCUUAAAAGCGAAUUUUGGUGGCCAAAAAGGGUUGAAACUCGUUCCUCCGUCGUUAAGAAAGCAGUCCAGCCCCACUAUCAAAAGGUUAGCACGUGCUUUCGUGGUUCACUUUUGGCGCGGUUCCCCGCGUUACUCUUGCCUUUGUGAUUCUUUUACUUUUGUUUGUAACAAAACCAUUUCAAUAUUUUACACACCUCACGAUCUGGAAUUUUUACACCCGCAAUCGCGUUCGCUUUUUUUUACAAGUUACUCAAUAACAAUUGAUAGUUAUCGCCAAUCAAUAUAUGCUAUCGAAAUUCCAAACUCACCUUUUGCCUUCUCACUAAUCUCGCAAGCCUUACGAUAAAGCGCUAGAGACAAUUGCAGAACAAACCCGCAUCAUUCGAAAUUGCGACAAUGAGUUCGUCAAAUAUAUCACGAAAGGAGAGGCGAAAGAAACAAACACGUUUGACGUUCGAUCCGAUCUCCGCUGGAGUACCUUUAGCUUCGCCUGCUAAAAGUCAAGGACCGUCGCCUGCGAAGGUCAGAUAUGGGAAAGUGAAUGGUAGUGCAUCUGUUGCAAGCGGAGGGCGAGUUACACGGAGCGGCAUGUCUUCAGGGUCGCCAUCGAAAGUAAUUUCUGGUAUUAAUGGAAAGUCUGGCGGAAAGAGAAAGGGAAAGGAUACGAGAAAUGGAAAGAUCAGUUUUGGAUCGUUACCGACGCCUGCGAAGAGCUCGCAGAAAGACGAUACUAUUGUGAAUACUGGAGUAGUCAGCGGUUCGCGUCGAAGCACACGAGGAUCACAAGUGAAAAAACCAAUUGCUGAGGACGCCACUGAUUUGGCAGAUGAAUCUACAGUUGAAGUCGAGGCAACCACUCCAUUGCAAAAGGAUAAGAAGGAAAUUGCUGCUAUAGAAACCACGGACGAUGAAUCGGAUGUCGAUACCAGAGCUUCUACGAGAAGAGGUUCUGGAAGUGGUUCAUCCAGGAGACGUUCACUCACCGGUCGAGGCUUCAUACAAGGCGGAAGCACAUACAACGCCCCUCUUCCUUCUUUUGGAAGUCGAGGAAGGGCGCCAAAGGCUCUAGUCCAUAGCCCCUCGACUCCUCCGAAGAGUACUCCGAAGAGAAGAUCGGUAACUUUAUCAGACACAAGUGACGAUGACAUAUUUACAUCAAUGCCAAAGCCUUCGCAGCGACCUGGCCUAUUUAGUCAAAAACUAGCUGCACCAAUGCAAAGUAGUGAUGAAUCUUGUGAGGAGGCUGACAAUGACUCCGAAGAGGAUAUACUGCCAUCUUCUACCAGACGUCGACAAACAGCACGGAUAAUCCCUCAAGUCCUGCUUGAGCUCGAUUCGGAUGACCCAGAUGAUGAGCCCCCUACCUCACCCAUGAAAAGAAAGCGUCCGACGAUUAUUUCCGACGAUGAGGAUAGUGAUGUUGAAUCGCCCGUGAAGAAAACGAAGGUCAUGAACGAGUGCGAGUCGGAUGAUGAUUUGCCACCUAUGACUAAGCUAGCUAAGACGACGGUCCCUGAAUCCGAUAGCCCGGUUCCUUCUCCACAAGUCAAGCGAAAACUUCCUGCCAAGAAGCAUAGAACUGCUAAGCAGAAACAAUUAGAGAUUCUUAAACGCAAGCGUGCUGGGGAAAGCAAUCCCAUUCUUACAGAUUCUGAGUCUGAUGAGGAAGAGGUUGGUGGUUUGUAUGAUUCAGGUAGUGACGCAUUGACUACCUUUGAAGAUGAAGAAGAUGAAGAAGUAGAAGAGGAGAUUCAAGAAACACGCAUCCGAAAGUCACCAAAAAAGCCUGUACAAGAGAACGAGGAUAAAUACGAUUCGGACUUUGUUGAUGACGACGAUGAUGGUCUUAUUGGAGUUCCAGAUUACGCUAUGAUUCCUCUACAUCUCACAGCUGCCGCUCACAAGCCUUUGAAAGAACAUUUCGUUGAAGCGGUUGAAUGGUGUGUCCAAAACAAAAUUAAUCCUGGUUUUAGUCAAAAUCUCAUGCCUAUCUACAAAUCAGCGUGGAAUAAGCUCGAGGAUGCGUAUAGUGGGCUUUCUGGUAGCAAAUUCGUCUCUACUUCAUGGACUCGCGACUUUACCAAAGCUCUUUAUGCCCGUCCAGAAUUCCACACUAGGAGGCUUUUAUCCGGAGAGGCAGUAGAUCUGUUAGGUGAGGUUAAAUGCGAGGCAUGUAAUCGUAGGAAACAUGUACCGACGUGGGGUAUUUCAUUGAAGGGCUCCGCAUACUAUAAGGAUAGUUUGGCCGAGGUGGAAAAGGAUGAUAGUGAUACCGAGGAAGAUGAAGAGGAAGAAGAUUCUGAUGGUGAGAAGGAUACCCGGAGUUUGAACAGUAGAGAUGAACCUCUGCCUUGUCAAGACAAAGAGUUCAUGGUUGGCUCGUAAGUUACUUUUACCUACAUGUUUGCGAUACGUAUUCAAGGACUGACCCUCCUCGUGCAGUGUGUGUAAAGAGAAUGCCGAGAAUGCUCAUACACUUAUUCAUUUGAAAUUUGCACUCAACCAAUGGGUUAUCGGCAGUCUAGAAAGUCAAGGCCAUCUUACCAUUGAAAAGCUUGCGAAGAGAGAUCAGAUGAGCGCAAAGAAGAGACAGAAGGAAGUGAAUGGUAUCGUGGAUAAGUGGAAGGAGGAGAACGAAAUCAAGGAGUUAUACAGCAUCUGGAAACAACAAUUGGAGACGGCGCAGAAUGCCAGUACGACAGGAAGACGUUGAAGUUGCAUAUGGUGUAUUGAAGAGGGAAAGUGAAGGCGAACAUAGGACAGAGGUACAUUUAUGGUGCAUAAUGGAAGCGGAAACAGGAUCAUUUGUAUUAUCCUAGCUAUUGGCGAUUUGGGAGUAAAAUCUGGGAGCAAAUGACAAUGCAUUGACGAUAUAGCGAGAUUCAUCGUUAACACUUGGGAAUUUGCAGCAAGACAUAAUAUAACAUUCAAAUCGGUGGAAGAGCGAGGUUCUACGAGUAGAUACCCCGAUAUUUAGAAAGCAAUAGUAUUAAUAAAUCAUCAGCGAUAAAUAUACCCAUCAUCUCAUCAUAUCCACAUCCACAACCAUACCUCAAUCAUAAAAUGAUAAACAAGCAUUAUUUACUGUGUUCUAGACGUCGGACAUGGGUUUGGGGGUCGGCUACAGGGAUUUCGGAAAUGUAUGAUUAUGAAAAAGGUACAUCUUCUGUGUGAGGAAAUUGAUGGGCGGUUGGAUUGCUGGAUUGCUGGAUUGGGUGGUUGGGGUUUGGAGGUUGUUGGGCGGAAACGAGGGAUGAUGAAGUCAUUGUUUCUGUUGUGUGUGUGUGUAUGUGUAGAGCAUAUGGAGGAUAGUCCUGGAUGUAAAAGCGGCGUUGUGGUUGUGGUUUUGAUGUGGUGUGGUAUGGUCGAUAGGUAUAGUAUGAUAAUAUGAUGAGUGCCGGGCCGGGAUGAGCUGGGCAGUGUGCGCUGCAAGGAGAGAGUGUUCCGAUGGAUAGAAUGAUGGAUGGAUGGAUGGAUGGAUGGGCGGGUAGAACUUAGAACUCAAGUUUCUGGUAUGUACUUAGUUAGCCUAGAGGUUUGUACUUUUUCCUUGGUUGCUUGGUUGCGGUUGAGACAUGCAUGUUGUGAUGGAUAGGGAUAUGGAUACGUCAGAUUUCUUCUUUUGGAUCGUGGUGAAAGGAAAGGAAAGGGAGAAUGGCAUGAUUUAUGGUGACUAUUUACUAGGGUGCUUUUAGUCGAGUAGGUAGUUGAAGUACUGGUAAUAAAUAAUAUAUAUCCUAGGUAGCUAGCUGGGUGCUAGUUGCGGUAGAGUAAUGAC